ACCGUAUGCCUAACGAUGAUGUCAUUUCCUCUAUGCAGAUCUAACUAUAAAAACGGGUCCUCUUGCUGUUAGGUGUCCGUGGUAAUAGAGACGAGGAUCGUUGGUGCAGGAGAAGGCAGGAGCGCGUCAGACAUCAGGAGAGUUUGGUCCACCAUGCAUCCAUAACUUGCUGUGUUCGUUCAAGGAGGCGGAGAUAGAUUACCAUCUUCUGAAAUCGAAGACAUUUAUUUUUUUCCUGGAGAGUGAAUCGUUGCUGAUUCUGAAUAAAGAAAACAUGAUCGAGCGAGCAGUUGUCCUGUUGGUCACGUUUUCUACUUGCGUUCUGUCAUUGCCGGUCACUUCGGGUGAACUGGAGAAUGGCGACGUCAAGGUGAUGAAAUGCAUUGUGGAGGCUCUUGCGGAUGUCCUCUCCAUGCCUCACCCCGUGCCUGUCAGCCAGGAGUGCCUGGACACCCUGCGCACAGAUGACAGGCUUUUUUCCAUCUUACGCCACCAUAACUUCCUGAGAGAGAUGGAGGGCCUUGCUGUCUCAGGGGCCAAUACGAGGGCUCAACUGCAUGGUGACAUCAUGGCGGCAGAUCAGGUGACCAAGAUCCCUCCGGGGACAGAGAAUCCUGCCGACCAAUCCAUGCUGGAGGCUCUGGGGGGUCCCGGGGAGCGAUCCAUCCUAGCCCAGAAGAGGAGGAGGGCGGGAGAAGGGGACCACAGGGACGUGGAGGAAGAGGAGGCGGAGAGGGAGGAAGAGAAAAGGGCACAAGAGUCGCAGGAGUCAGAGGAGCAGAACGAGACAGGCGGGAAAGGGAAGGAGAAGGAGAAGGAGGAGGAGGAGGAGCGUAAGAGCAGGGGAGAAAAGGAGGACUCGGAUGAACGGAUCUCCUCCUGGAUGGCCGACAGGCCUGAGAAGGGAAAACAUCAGAUCGAGUUCGGAGGAGGAGCAGGAGGAGAAGAUGGAGUGUACGAGGAGAAACGUAGCCACGCUGAAGAUCGUUCUCAAGAGGCGCUGGGAGUGCGUCAUGUGACCAAAGAGAAGAAAGUGGAGUCUAAUAGAACCCAGAAGGCCCACUCCAGAAUACCAAUGAGCACGCUGGAAGACGAGGAGGAGGAGGCGGAGGAGGUGAAGCGAGGGAACGAUUUCGCCCGGUGGAGCCGACAGGUCAAGAGGCUCCCGAUGAGGAAGAAGAACGUGUCGGAGAAGGAGGAGCAGGAGGAGACGUCCUCGUCUCAGCAGGAGGUGGCACACCACUCCAGAGAGGAGGAGGAAGAGGAGGAGCAGGGGGAGGAGGUGAAGAGGGCCGAGCUCCAGAGGAGCCGCGAGGAGAAGGAGCUGAGGAACAUGGCGCUCCAGAGGGCCCCCGAGGAGAAGAGGGGGUUGGAGGAGGAAGGGAGCGCCAUCAGGAAGUCCGAGGAGCCGGAGAUAGCGAGCCUGGCAGCGAUCGAGUCGGAGCUGGAGAGCGUCGCUCAGAAGCUCCACCAGCUGAGGCGAGGCUGA